GAAGAAGAAAGUCGUCGUCGUCGCCGCUCAUUCAUAGUUCAGCUCUGUUCAACUUUAAUGUGGCCAAAAAACCUUAGACUUGUCUUGUGAGGCCUUAAGCUGCCAACCAGAGAACUGGAAGAAGCGACAGCCUGCGAGGGAGCAGUUAGCAUCAGAGCUAACUGAGAAGCUAACGGCCAGAGAAGUUUCCUGUUAGAGGAAAAGGGAAAAAGUGACUUCUCAUUGAGAACACUGGACACUUAUUGGACUCUGGGCUGUUUGGAGGCUUUUCUCCGAGGAACAAAAGCGAGUCUGACGACAUUUCACAGCAUCUUGUUCUCUUGGAAGGUUCUUGCUGAUCAAUCUGCCAGUGGCCAAGAGAGGAACUUCAUUAUUAACCUGAAGGAACCAAACACCAAAGACAUGAAAGAAGAAGAACCAGAACCUCGAGGAAUUAAAGAAGAACAGUUUGGACUGUGUAUCUUUCCAGAUGAAAAGCAACUUGUUAAGCAGGAGACAGAUACCUUUGUUGGGUUUUCUGCUUGUGACAAACUAUUUCAAGCUGAACCUGAACUCCAACAGAUGAACGUGACAAAGGAGGAACCAGAACCUGUAGAGAUUAAAGAGGAACAUGGGGAUCUCUGGAGUAAUGAGGAUGAGGAGCAACUUGUAGUAAAGCAGGAGGCUGACACCUUUAAGGUGACUCCUCUGGAUUUAAAACAUGACAGAAAUGAACCAGAAGAGAAAAUGAACCAACUUCUCAAUGCAGACUCCCCUGAAGGUGAGAAGCAACAGGAUAAUAAUAAUGAAGAGUCAGGAUCAAACACAGAUGAAGAGCUAAAGCGUAAAAAGAGACGAGAGAAAACCAAAGAUCACAGUGAUGGUUCAAAACUAAAAAGACAUAAGACCAAUAAACCUUGUGAAGUAUGUGGUAAAUGUUUCACUAAAUGUAGAUGUUUGACUAAUUACAUGAGAGGAAAUACAGGAGAGAAAUCUUUCCUGUGUGCGCUUUGUGGAAAAGGUUUCCCCAGUCAAAGUCAUUUAAAUAUCCACAUGAGAGCCCACACAGGGGAGAAGCCUUUCUCUUGUCCAACUUGUGCAAAAGGUUUUUCCACUAAAGGUAACUUGAAUAUUCACAUAAGAACUCAUACAGGAGAGAAGCCAUAUGCUUGUGGAAUGUGUGAUAAAUAUUUCAGCUGUAGUAGUCAUUUAGCUCGCCACAUGAGAAUGCACAGAGGGGAGAAGCCUUUUUCCUGUCCAACUUGUGCAAAAGCGUUUUCCAAUAGAAGGAGCCUGAGUAUUCACAUGGGAAGUCAUACGGGCGACAUGCCAUACACUUGUAAAAUGUGUGAGAAAUCUUACAGCUUUUGUAGUUCCUUAGCUUAUCACAUGAGAACUCAUUUUGGCGACAAGCCAUACGCUUGUGAAAUGUGUGAUAAAUCUUUCAGCGUUGUUAGUCAUUUAGCUGGUCACAUGAGGACGCACACAGGAGUUAAGCCUUUUUCCUGUCCAACUUGUGCAAAACGGUUUUCCCAUAAAGGUAACCUUAAUAAGCACAUAAGAACUCAUACGGGCGAUAAGCCAUACCCUUGUGAAAUGUGUGAUAAAUCUUUCAGCAAUGGUAGUUAUUUAGCUGGUCACAUGAGAACGCACACAGGAGUGAAGCCAUUUUCUUGUCCAACUUGUGCAAAAGGGUUUUCUCAAAAAGGUCACCUGAGUAAGCACAUAAGAACUCAUACGGGUGAGAAGCCAUAUGAUUGUGGAAUGUGUGACACAUCUUUUAGCACUGGUAGUAAUUUAGCUCGCCACAUGAAAAUGCACACUGGUGAGAAGCCUUUCUCUUGUCCAAUUUGUGCACAAGGGUUUUCCGGUAAAAAUAACUUAAGUAAACACAUAAAAACUCAUACGGGCUGGAAGCCUCAUUGUUGUGAAAUGUGUGAUAAAUCUUUCAUCAGUGGUAGCGAUUUAGCUCAUCACAUGAGAAUGCACACAGGGGAGAAGCCUUUUUCCUGUCCAACUUGUGCAAAAGGGUUUUCCACUAAAGGUAACCUGAGUAGGCACAUAAGAACUCAUACGGGCGAUAAGCCUUAUUACUGUAAAGUGUGCAAUAAAUCGUUCAGCUUUGGUAGUUAUUUAGCUGUUCACAUGAGAACGCACACUGGUGAGAAGCCUUUCUCUUGUCCAAGUUGUGCACAAGGGUUUUCCAUUAAAAGUAACUUAAGUAAACACAUAAGAACUCAUAUUGGCAGAAAGCCUCAUCAUUGUGAAAUGUUUGAUAAAUCUUUCAUCAGUGGUAGUUAGAACUAACUAGAACAGUAGAACUAAUACGGGUGAGAAGCCUUAUCAUUGUAAAGUGUGUGUGAUAAAUAUUUUACUUCCUCUAGUAAUAGGAUUAAAAAUAUGAGAACUCACAGGUGAGAAGCUGUAUGCUUCUAAAGUAUGUGCCAAGUCUUUCAUAAACAGUUGUCAUUUGGCUGAUCACAUGCUAACCCACAGGUGGGAAGCCUUUCUUGUGUCUGAUGUGUAGAAAAUGUUUCUUUAAGCAAAGCAAUCCAAGUGUCCACAUGGGAAUCCAUGGUGAUAAGAGGUGGCAGGUUCAAAUACCUAAAACAUUCAUUAAACAAUACAAAAGGAAAGACAACAGACGAUCUUCUCUAGCAAGGAGAACAUCAGAGAGACGUGUUCAGUUACAUGUAUCCCCUGUUCUGAAGCAUCCUCUGCUGCUGCCUUACUUUUUAUUUUCCGGGCUUAAGGAACGGGGAGAAAUACUUCAGUGUAACCUUUGACCUUAUAAACUAGCAGCUUGGGUAUGCAGAACAACCGUAACAAUUGAGCAUUCAGUGAACAGGAAAAUGAGUAUCAACAGAUGGCUGGGUGCAAUUCAUCCGAGAUAGAGCUAGCAAAUUUAUGGUGAGGUUGUUUCUUAAAUGGAAGUGUCUACUGGAUGUUACAGUAGAGAAAAUCUACAUAAAAGCCACACCUAUGAUCAUGAAUUGAGAUGACCUAUGAAAGUUUGUGUGACUUCUAUUUUAGACAUGACAAAUUUAUCGUUAGUAAAUGGAUAUUUUUAAUUCAAUUUUAUUUAUAUAGUGCCAAUUCAUGAAAGAUGUCAUCUCAAGGCACUUUCCAAAGUAAAAUUCUGAUUGAUCAAAAGAAUUUGCUGUCUAGCAAACCCAGUAGAUUGCAUCAAGUCUUGAAGAGUAGCAUUUACUCCUCCUGAAGAAGCGUAGAGCCACAGUGACAUCUGCAUUGUCCAUGGCUUUGGAGCAAUCGCUUACACUGAGCACACAUGUGGUACUCUGAGUAUGUACCACAUACUUUUAAAGUACUUAAGAAACAUCUCUUGAUCAAGAAGACUUAAUUAAUUACAGCCUAAUAUCUAAUCUUUUUGUUAGAAUUAUUUUUACUAUUUGCUGUAUGUUGUAUUUUAUUUUCCAUAUUCAUCGUAUUUAUCACAAAUUUACUCAUUACUAUUAAAAAGGUUUUUAGGUUUGAGUUUAUAUUAAAGUGUCUUUCAGGUGACUAAUAUUUCUCUCCUAUGUGACAGAGUAAGUUUUUGUGAAGAGAAAAAGUGUCAUGAUAUAAAGUUGUUUUUGCAGGACUAUUUGCAUCCAGCUAUCCGUGGGAACUCCUUUCCCUGAGAACCGAAUGCUUAAUCGUUCUGUGUAACUGAUUUGCUAGUAUGAUCAUGUUC